AUGGCGAGAGGGAGGGCUGCCACGCUAUUGCUGAUCGCGAUCUUGGCUGUUGCAUGCGUUCGUAGUGCCGCGGGGCUCAAGGUCCAGGCGGAACCUGCGACCUUGAACGAGACCGCGCGCCACGAUGACGACGUCGUCGAGGAAAACGAGCUGCCGUUCGCCGGCGAAAACCGAGCCGAUCGAUUGGCGAGCGAGCACCCUCACAAGAUGCACGGCAAACCGAGCAAGUUCGACGUGGAGUUCCAAGCGGACGACAAAGCGGACUAUCAGAUCGAGCCGACCAGGGCGGACAACGCCACCACGGUCGAGGCGAAUUCGACGACGACGAUGACGACGAUGACGACGAGGGCGACGACGGUGAAUUAUCCGUCGAAUUCGACGCGAUGCAAGGGUUCACGGAUUUUCGCUUGCCUCCGGAGGGAUUUCUUGAACUUUCUCGACCGGAUCUCGCGGGUCGACACGUACAACGUCACGGAGUCCGUGAAGAUAGUGAAGGAUCCCCGAACGAACGUGACGUGCGAGCAUCGGAGGAGCGACGGCCAGGAGGCGAACUUCCUCGACAAGGUGCACCGCUACGCCCGGACGCACGUGAUGAAGAUACAGCUGAACAAGGAUCUCAGCCUCGCCGGGAAAGCCAGAACAUUCUUCGGUUCCAUCUUUCAGGGAAAGAGUACCUUUUUAACAGGAUUCGGGCUUGGUUUUCUAGCGUUCGGCUUGAAGAAGCUGCUGUUGCCGCUGUUCUUCGGCAUGCAGAUCAUCAAGAGCGUGUUGCUCGCCCUCUUCUUACCGAGCAUCAUCGGCAGUAUCGGUAAUAUCGUCGGGAAAGGUGUCUCCUCGUUCGCGCAAUCCUCGCACGCGCCGGUGCCCGAGGAGAAUUUUGAGUUCAAGGACAAUUCCGACCUGUACAACGACGACUAUCUGACGCGGCAGCCGGUGGGCACACUGCCGGCCUCCGCCAUGUACGACGAGAGCAUGAUGCAAACGCAGAAGAGCCCGGAUAUCGCGUCCCGCUACGCCUUCGUCGACUCCAGAAUAUCCCACGCGAACGCGCUCUCCGAUCGUUAUUACACGCGACACGUGGCCUCACACGGACUCUCCAAGAAGCAGGACUUCAAGGUCUUCCACGAGAUCCCGACGAGCUCGCUCCUCCUCACGAACUACGACCCGUUCUACUCGCCCUUGCUGUCGCGCCUCGACGCCGUGUUCUCGCGCCUCGGGCACAACACGGAGGGCUGCAGGGAGUACGCGGUGUGCGCGAUGUAUCGGAGCCCGGCGCGGUACGCGCCCUACUCGAACCUCGUGUCGGCCCAGCUGUCGAGGGAGCUGAACGAGCUGAGGAAGCCCAGCAGCGACAAUCCCGAUGUGCUGCGCUUCUUCAGGUACAUGAAGGCCGCCAAGGACGGUCAAGACGGUGUCAAGUGCGAGGAGCUCUACGCGAAUUGCGCGAACGCUCGCGAGGAUCCGAGCUUGAAGCAGAAUCAGGCGAUGCUGGCGACCUACCAGGACAUCAACAAGCUCGUGCAGGCUCGGAAAAUCUGA